AUACUAGAAAUCAUAUUUAAACUGUGGAAAAACAGUUGCAACGGUGCUCUAUUGAGCCGCCAACAGCAUCAGUUGAACGCCCCCAUGAUUUCCACUGACAGGAACUUCCUCAAGGAAUCCCAGAAUUUGGGCAUCACCUACCUGACAGGUGUGGUCAGUGUUUCUGGCCUGUUUCAUUUUGAUCCAGCCUGACAAGUGUGGAAUGCCAGGUGUCACUUUCUCAAAGUAUAAAAGGCAAAGCACAAUGUCACAUCAUCAUCUCACAGCAUCUCAGCUUCAGCUGCACUCGCUGGAAAACAGUAGAACUACAACAGAAAAUAUGUUCUGGAUUAGAAUCACCAUCGUUUGCAUGUGCAUAUCCCUGCUGGAAGCCCAUAAGGAGUGUGCAAGACACAUAAAAUGGGUGCAUCUCAUUCAGUCAUUAAAUUCAAUGGGCACUGCGAUAUCUCACGACUGUGCAUUUGAUUAUGAAGAAGCCAGUUUGUGUGAUCCACGUCACCUGGCCAAUAUGGUGGAUCAUAAUGCAAUUCUUCUGGUCGACAUUGUCAAGAAAACAGAAACAAUGUACAGGGAGAAUCCAAACCCACAGACGUUUAUUGAGGCCCUUCAUCACACCCGUCACACCCUGAGCAACUGUAUUCAUAACUCUGACAAUGCUGAAAAUGAGCCUGUGACCACAUGCUUCAACAAAUUAGAAGCUUUUCUUAAGAAAAAGUCCCACUCGCAAUGUGCAUGGGAAAUUAUUAAUUCAAAAGUGAGGGAGGUUCUUCAGAGGCUGGAGAAACGCUCUGUCAGAGAUCGGCGUUAGAGACUUUAUCAUGCAUGUAUUAAUGCUUAUAUUUAAUUGCAAAAAAAGGUGACAUUUUAUAAGCUUGAUGGAUAUAUGUAUAUUUUAAGAAUUGCACAUUAUAUACAAAAUGUUUAAAAUUCAUGAUUUAUUGAGUUUAUUGCUGUAUGAUCACUAUAAGCUUGAUCGAUAUGUAGUAGUACAGAUUUAGUUUUUCUAUUUUUCUAAUAAAAUUGUAAUGAAAUGCAAACACUGUAAUACAUAGAAUAUGAUAUUAUUAUCAUUAUUAUUUAUGUUUUAGUGUUAAAAUGAUAUAUAUUUAUGAUCUGAGUAUAUGAUCUGAACUUCUGACAUAUCCAUUUGAACUAAUACUACCUAAUGUUACAAUAUUACUACCUGAUGUUAAUGUUCUUCAGCAAACAUA